AUGAAUAAAAAGCAUAUAUGUGAAAACGCUGAUGAUCAGCUGAAAAUGAUGAACAAGGCAAUAAUUGGGCUUAAAUAUCAACUCAAAAGUGUAUCGUAUAAUAUUGAUUCCUUACAAACCACAACUAAAAACAUUAUGGAUAAACUAUCCUCGAUUAAUUCUUUGCUUCAAUCACAAGAUAGUGAUGAGAAUAAUGCUACCUUUGCAGAUACACUGUGGCCAAUUCAAAAUGAAAAUGAGCUUAAUAAACAAGAAAGGUUACUAAAGGAGGAUCUAUCAGAAUAA